AUGUCCAGUCAAGCAAUUACAGGAGCGGCUCCUAUUGCCACAGGGGCAGCCGGUGGCCAAGGCCAGGGCAGUGCUGCAGGAGGGCAGUGGGGAGGUGCUGGGGGAGCAGCCGGGGGCGCUUCUGGAGGGGCUCAGGGACAGCAGGAAGGGGGAUAUGGAGGACCUGGGGGAGCGACCAACAGCCUUGACCCCGACGUUGUGAACGAGCUCUUGGCCCAUUACCUGCUUAUUGUUCUCGGUUCGAUUUCGAUCGCUCUCCUUACCUGGCGGCUCACCACCAUGAUCAUUCGCUAUGUCCGGCAUGUGGCAUGCCUUUACAACGAAACACAGCGCUACUUUGCUCGCCCUAACGAGGAGUGGGCGUGGUUCAAGAAGAACAUUCUUUAUGCGCCCAUCCUCAGCAAGCGCCACAAUCGCGAGUUCCAGCUCAGCUCAGCUCUCAACAUGGGCACUCUGCCUACCCGAAUGCAACUUGUUUUCCUUCUCGGCUACUUUGCGACUAAUGUCGCUUUCUGCGUCAUGACUAUCGACUUUUCCGGCCCCCUGAGGCAAGUCGCAGCCCUCGUCAGGAAUCGUACGGGUUAUCUGGCGACUGUCAACAUGAUCCCGCUCUUCCUGAUGGCUGGCCGGAACAACCCUCUCAUCCAGCUUCUCGGUAUGUCCUUCGAUACUUUCAAUCUCCUGCACCGCUGGUUCGGCCGCAUCGUUGCUCUCGAAGCCCUCACCCACACUCUAGCCUGGAUGGUCAGCAAUGCCUCAACCAACGGCUGGCCGUCCGCCUUUUCUACGGUUACCAAGGUUCCCUUCUUGUUGUGGGGUUUCGUUUCGACUUGCGCCAUGGUUUUCAUCUGCAUUCAGGCUGCCAGUAUCUUCCGCCACGCGUACUACGAGACCUUCAAGAUUCUUCACAUCGCUCUGGCCAUUCUCUCGGUCAUUGGCCUCUGGUGGCACCUUGACAUGAAGCAGCUCCCCCAGUUGCGUUACCUGUACCCAGUCGUUAUCCUGUGGGCCUGUGACCGCGCGGCUCGCUUCUUGCGGGUUGCUUACCACAACUUUGGUGCUGGUGGUACCAAGGCGCUCGUCGAGGCCCUUCCCGGCGGUGCCUGUCGUGUUACUGUGACUAUGGCACGCCCUUGGACCUUCAGGCCUGGUCAGCAUGCCUACCUUUACAUGCCUUCUAUCGGUUUUUGGCAGUCACACCCUUUCACCGUCGCUUGGAGUGAGGAGAACGACCACGCUGAUGCUGACCGUUUGCCUAUUUCCCGCCGCGACAUCCAUGGUCAGAAGAAGACCACCAUCUCCUUCAUUAUUCGUGGCCGGACCGGCUUCACCGGCGCCCUCUACUCCCGCGCUUGUGCCCGUCCGGACGGCAAGCUGGUCACUCGUUGCUUGGUUGAGGGUCCCUAUCGCGGUUCGCACAGGUUUGGUUCGUACGGCACUGUUAUGCUCUUCGCCGGUGGUGUGGGUGUGACUCAGGUCGUUCCCCACGUUCGUGAGCUUGUGGCCGGCUAUGCCAACGGCACUGUAGCCACGCGUAAGGUCAUCAUGGUUUGGUCGAUUCAGUCGCCGGAACACUUGGAGUGGAUCCGGCCGUGGAUGACCCAGGUGCUCGCUAUGGAGCGCCGCCGCGAGGUUCUGCGCAUCUUGCUGUUUGUCAGCCGGCCGCGGUCUACCAAGGAGAUCCAGAGCCCGAGCAACACUGUCCAGAUGUUCCCUGGUCGGCCCAACAUUGACACGCUCAUUGGCAUGGAGAUGGAGAGCCAAGUGGGCACCAUGGCCGUAUCGGUUUGCGGCCCGGGCUCGUUGAGUGACGAGGUCCGCAGGGCGGUUCGCAACCGCAUGUACCAGGGAAGCGUUGAGUUUAUCGAGGAGGCCUUCUCUUGGUAA